AUUCUGUGUUAUUCUGUGUCUACCACGGCCCCAUAUCAUAGCAGCCACAUUUGCUUUAACAUGACGGGUAUAAAUCGCGACGGUAUCAAAGCCCUCUUGGAGUGCAACAAUGCUGAAGGUACCAAUACUUGGGUCUGGUCGGAGGAGAACAAGAAACAGUGGGACCAUGUGGACGGCGGCUACGGGAAGUCCUGCGCACACUGGUACAAUCGUUCCUUUGAUUUCGAUCAAGAUACGCCCUAUCCAAUAGACCUAGGUCUAGCAGGGACCAGCGGAGACAAGCCAGCCAUAUACUUGUACCCCUCCAGUACUGGCUCUAGGGGCAGCGAGAUACUCGUCACUGAGGAAUACAACAAGAUGUACUAUCGAAUCUUGGAACGCGCGACUAACCCUUAUAGGAGAGGAGUGUUGAUAACCGGGGAGCCUGGCAUCGAAAAUUGUAUUUGCAUCUGCUCGUGUUGAGCGAAAGAUACAUUGAGAAUUAUCCUGCCUCGUGUCCUGCACCGGCCCUUGUAUUUUUCAUCCCUCAUGCGAGGUCGACGUUCUUUCAUAUGUUCGCCUAUCGAGUCUAGCAAGCUCGCCAGG